AUUUCGUUUAGUUUUAUGUUUUUGCUUCAGGGUGGAUCUGAUAAAGAAGAAAAAGCUAAGUUACAUAGAGAAAUAAAAGAACUUUUGAAGGAGGCAAGCUCAUUGUCACAGCCAUCAACCUUUGCACAAGGUGCAAAACUCAAGAGGAAGGCUGCUGCAAAGGAGAAGGAACUUGCAAAGUUUCGAAAUUUACACGACAAGGAUACUGCUUUGUACUCAAAAUUUCUGCUUAUCUCAAAGGUUUUAACAUAUCUCAUUUUCCUCAUGUGGUUUUGGAGUGUUCCUGUGGCUAGCAUAUCUCAACAACUUGUCCAACCUUUUGGGAGAUUAUUAUCUUGGAGGACUGAAGGUAUUGAAAAUAACAAUAUUAUGGUUGGGAUAAUACCUUGGUUGAUAGUGUCUACAAGGGUUAGCAGAUUCAUUUGUAGACUCACCUAUGGCAAAUAGAUCGUUAUGUUCUUCAUCUAGAAUGACAUAACAUUGCUAGCUGCUUGGACUGGUUUGUGUCCUGCAUUUAAAAUGGAAUGAACAAUGCUUUUCUAGAUUUGUACAACUUGAAAUUUGUUCCUUCGAACCUUGUCCGGUUCAUAACCAGUUUAUUUUAGUACAGACGACGUGUAAACUUCAUUCUGCAUAUGCAAGCAAAAUUUUCAUAUGCCUGUAAUAUGAUAGAGUUGCAGCCCCCACACUACCCCUAGUUUGGUCUCUUUUAAGGAAUUUUGUCUUCAAAUUCUUCUGGAUUAAUUAUAUUCAUUUGUUCAAUAGUA